CGGACACCGAGAGUACCAGAACUUCCCUGUGAUUGUGUUCUCACCUCCAAGCUUUUAUCAAGAAAAGUGCAAAAAAACCGAACUAAGAUGAAGAAUACAUGAACAUCGAAGGUCAACAAUCAGUGACGUCACAUCUUGACAACCAUGGUGAAAUGCAACGGGGAAGAUGGUACUCCUGUUCUUCAAGGAGUGAACAGCGCAAAGCUCACUUCAGAAGACAUUAUAAUACCUCAAACUAGCAAAAAGAACAGUCACAGCGGUCUAAGUGUCCGUACCAGCCGCAAUGCCAGUUCCUAUGGAUUUCGUCUUCAGGAAGAAACCCACGGUGAAACUAGCAGUGUCGGCGAUAAACUAGAGAGGGAUACCGCAACGUCCGUCAGCGUGUAUUCCACAUAUAAACAGCGCAUAGAUUCCAUGUUCGACGAGACGAGAUCCCAAAUGUCAUGUUAUGGCGUCACCAAUAGCAGCAUCGGAUUAGAGAAGAUACGGCCUGCGGUGGGAUCCGGCGAUGGUGAUGAAGAAGGGAGGCAGAAGAGAAUCAACAACACAGUUCAGGCAAGAAUAGAGAAAAUGUUCGCUGAAAUUGCAAAAACUGGAGGCGCGGGUACAACAAAGGAAAUGGUAGUCAGACAACCGUCGAGCAACGUGUCAUCACCGACGCCAGAGUCACCCUCCAGCAAUAGUUUCGCAGUGGACUAUCUUGGAUCCGUCCCCCUACCAGAUAAAGUGACUUCACUGCACGGCCUUCAAGAGCCUUUAAAAGAUUUAUAUUUUGCUUAUUGCCGUGCUAUGGAAACGCAGCAUGAUCGUUUAGGCAGUGACAUUUGCAGCAUGAGAGGUACUUUAGAAAUUAAUUCAAGUGGUUUAAAAGUGCAUCAUAAAGGUCAGGACAAAGGUGAACUUGAACAAUUAAAUCCGUUUCCCACAAUUGCCGUAUGGGCAGCUGUGAAAUUCGUGUGUCGUGUCCGUGGGUCCCGUGAUGGCGGUCUCAAAGGCAUGGAAUACGCUUUCCUGCCAUUAAUAGCAGAUCCUGAAGCUAUUGAUAAAGGGGCAUUAUUUCAACCGUUAAACCCAACAGAAGAAAAAACCAUUGUGUCAACAACACGAAAAGGUGGUGCUGGAAUAUCCUACAACCAUCAUUCCCCCAUGUUUGCAGUUGUUAUGAGAAAAAUGGGCGUUUCUAAGCAGCUGGAGUGUCACGGGUUUGUAUGCGCAAGCUCUGAAGACGCCAUUGUUAUGGCAGCUAAUUUAUAUCAAGCAUUGAUGAAUAAUAUGCAGAAUAGGAGUAACAACAAUGCAAAUAAAAACUUUAAGAUACAGGAAAAUCGACCGACAAGUCAAAAUGGCGUUAAUUAUGUGAGUUUGGGUGGUGACAGUAGUGUAAUGGGAGAUGCUAGCAAAAGUCAGUCAGUUGUUAGUAACGCCAGUGUCCAGAGUAGCCCCAGCAAAACACACCCCGUAGCCGUUGUACCAGAAGAGAUGAAAGAAAAUCUUAAGGAUAAAAAAGGUCCUACCGUGGCAAAAAUUCCGCCUCCAGUUCCUGUAAGACCUCCAAGGAGAAACAAGAAAUCUUCAGCUUCAUCUGCAAGUGAAGGUGAAGAUUUUGUAAUCCAGAAGAAGUCUCCAGAAAAAAUUACCGCUACUGGCUCAAUAAACGUGAAAAGUGCAUGUAAAAGGGAUGAUAGUGCUUCCCGAAGUAUGGAUCUAAGGACCCAAAACACCAGAAACACUACAUCAGAAACUGCCAACAUAGCUCCUGUAAAUUAUGGGGUCAGAAGAACUGUCUCAGAUCGGCAGAAUUAUGGCAGUAUAAAGUUAUCAACUGACAACCCAGAGGGUGGCGACAUUUUGACCAAGGUAGCAAUACCACGCAGUCGAAGUUUCUUGAAUGCAGGAGGACCCCUCACUAGAUACAACAGAAGGCAAGGCAGUGGCGUGCCUUAUGAAAAUAAUGGUGGGGGCUCAGGAAGCAGUCCUCUAGGCUUUAACGAACUCUUCACUGAAUUCCAGCUCCAAGAAGGACUCAACAGCAUGGAUGAUAUCCUAGAUGCAAUCAUAGAUGCUGAAGGAAUGUCGUUUAAUGACCUGAAACCAAUUUACAAAGAGUUUCUUAUGAAAUUAGCAGUAACUCUUACUAAAGAUGAGUUAUAUCAACGAAGUAAGAGCAUUAUGAGAAGGCAGAAGAAGAAAUUGGGACGCAGGAACAGCUGUUAUAAGAGGAAGAGGACUUUCGUGACCAGUGGAAGCGGCCUCAAGAGGGUCUUCAGGCGAUCGGUAAACAAACUGAAGCCGACAAAAUCUCGAUUCAACAAUUUUGAGUUCACAUCGGUCCUAUUUCCAUCAGAUUCUAUCAGAAGUACAAAGGUCAGUAAGAAAAUUAUGUCUCUAGAAAGUUCAUCCACAUCAACUUCAUCAUAUUCUACCAAGGCAUUUAAACUGCCAAAACAAAGUUUCAAAAAGGUCAGUCCUCUCAGUGGUGGCUUUCGGCUACAGAGAAAACCUAGCGCCAGCCGCCGGCGGUCCAUGUCAAAAUAUUAUAUAAACAGGCCUCCUCUCAUGACGAGUACGUCCGAAGACUCUGACUUCUUCAGUAUGGUGAGGUGUGGUAACAACGGGAUGAACAGUGCUACAGGAGCUGCAACAACUAUUAACUCUAGCAGAAGAGGUCAAAACAGAUCAUCUAGCGGUUAUUUUUCGUGCAGUGAAUGUAGUUAUGAUAGUGAAUCUUGUACGUGUAUUUCGGCUGAUAAAUGUUACUGUUCCCUAGCAGAUGCUAAGAAACACCCACGACCACUUUCAAAGGAUCUCUCAAUGUCAUCAUGUGGAUGCGACACAGACAGCUGCAUUGGAAGCGAUAAAUGCUACUGUGCAUUCAGUUAUCACAAUGGCAACAGAGGCCAUCACCACAUACAGCACAAGCACUGUAUGAAGGCAAUUCUAGACUCUCAUCCCGCUAAUAACAAACUUAACCUUCUCAGAAUUCCCAGAAACAACUCUGUAACUGAACGACUGAAACAAGGACGGUUUGUAGAUUCAGAAUCAAGCCUCUCGAGAGCUGCAUCGCCAACAACAGCUUGGAGAAGAAAUGAAAAUAAAGUGGCAUGUUCUAAAAAGAAAGAUAUAAAUGCAAUCAAAUCUUCUAAGAACCUAGAAUUCCUACAGAACGCAAAUCCACCUUCAGUUCAUCCACAGUAUUCUUCAGUCUGGGAUUCCAAAAGAGCUGAUCAUGGGACAAGUCGAAGGAUGGAUGUUUAUGAACUGUUACCAAGAAGGCAGUCUUAUCAGCAUAGCUACACAGGUACAAAAUGUACUCAACAGAGAAGAAGUUACAGCUCUGAUAACCUUGCUCUUGAUUAUGACCUUUUUACAACUACCUCAAAGUCAGAAGAUGAAGAGCCAAGUUCUCAAAAACCCCAAAGGAAAGUUCUGGUUGUUUCUGCAAGGGAUCCCAGAGGACGGGUCAUCUAUAUGGGAGCUUCAUGUCGCAGUGAUGACGGACUACAUUCCCGAAGUAAAUCGAUGCAGUCAUCUUCAUUAUCCAGUGUCCCACCCUAUGUCACUGGGAAGAACCAGCAGAAAAUUAAGGGCAAUGUUGGGUCUUCCUCAGCAGCAUGUGAAGCACUGUCUGUCAAAAAGUCUGCAGAGAUAGCAGCUUUGUUUUCAGAUGUAAAGUUAACUCAAACGAGUGACACUGUUGCCAGGAAUCUGACCGAUAUGGAUUCUACAAGCAAAACUGGAGAAGUUUUCUACAACACUCUAGAACCUCCAGAUUACUUCCUGACAUCAAAGACAAGAAACAGUAGGAACUGCAUAGGAAGCAGUCUAGAGAAUUCACUUGGAUAUCUACCAUAAGCCAGAAGAGAAACAGAGAAAACUGUAAUGUGUUCUGGGAUUUUUGUAAGAAUAUCUCCUAAUAUGUAUGAAACAUUUUAGAUCAAAUAAGAUGGAAGACAUCCAGAUUCUCUGCCCAAUACAAUCAUCAAUUAAUGAGGAGUGUGCCUUAAACAAUCCUUGCACCACUAUCAUCACUGAUCUAUUAAUAUGCAUGCAACAUGAUCAUAAUGAUACAGCAUAGGUUUAUAGUAACACAGUGUGCUGAAAGUGUUUUGUGAACAUUGAUUGCAGGUAAUACUAAAUCCACGAACUGGAGUACCCGCAAACAACAGUUAUCAUUUUCAUGAAGAAUACUUAUUUACAUGAACCUCAUUAAUUCUGUACUCUGAAUUUCAUGUUGGUAUUUGUUAUGAUAUUAUAACUGGAUUACAAAUACGAAGAGCUCGUAGUCCUUCAUAGUCAUACAGCAGCUACAGACCGCUUUCAUCAUGAUAUAUAAAGCCUCUACAUAGAGAACUGAGAAUCUUGAAUGCAAUAGGAGGCUAGAAAAUGUCCUGUAUAAAUCUGGCUACAAACCUUGGAAGCAAAAAUUACCUCAGCAAAUGUGGCAAAAUGCUGAGAGUCAUGUAUUACUUCUGAUUUACAUGCACUAUCGGAAUACUGAUCUAACAGUCAUACCAUCAGUUUGGUUCUUUCACAGGACCCUUGUGUUACCUUCUCACCUAUGGUUUGUUCACAAGUAUGUGUUACAUUUUCAUUCUAAAUUUCACUCUACAUCAAGGGCUGGCAUGCACACAGAAGAUACAUAAAGAGAUUCUUUCAAGGCAAUAUAUGAAAGCUUGGAUGUCUGGACCAUGCCCUGACAGCAAGUAACCAUUGUAAAGAAUGUUACUUUCAGUAGCUAGUGCAUAAUGCAGCUUUUUAUAAACAGACUCAAACAUGACUACUGCUAUUUUCUGGGAUGUGGCGACAUUUAUUCUGCUAGAAGUUACCAUAUCCCAGAAGGCAGUACUUUUCUUAGUCACCAUGAGAACUUCAAACCCAGGGAAUGCAGGUAUGUUACCAAGACCAUCAGUUUUACUAGUGUUUACUUGAAGUCAGUUCCAAAGAGUUCUGACAGUGAUGUAUAACACUAAGGUGCACUAAGUUCCUUGAUUUUGUCUAUACUAAACAAUGGGGAAAGCCCCCCCACCCAAGGCAAAACUCUCAGUAACUAAAGUGUUGACCUGAAGUCUGUACAACUUCCUUAUUUCAAUUAAAAAAUUCAUGAACAUAUCUUGAAACCUCAGUAUUUGAAAUCAGAAUAAAUGAACCUGAAUAGUUUGUGUAUGUUUCUUAAACAUGACAAUCAUCAGUUCAAUAUAAGUAUACCGCAUAUAAAACGCAUAGGUUGGUUUCAGGUCUGUAAGAUUUUCACAGGAAAAUACAUUAAACUUUAUACAAAGUGGAAACUCAUACUAAAAAAAUCAAUUUCUGCUUCAAAAGGUUUUACACAGUAAACAAAAAGUUCUCGGAAGAACUAAUCCUAAUCACUACACUCCUUUCACUACAUGUUACACAUGUGCAUGCACACAUAUUUGUUACUGUGAGAACAUAUUUACCGAGCCAUCCCUUCUGGUUCCACUAUUUCAGCUUUCAGGCGUCAUGUCACAUUGUCCUCUCCUUACGGCUGCUCACCCCAAGUCACCUACAGGCAUAUUGCCACUUGUUAGGGAGACCCACAGACACAGGCAGCAAGGUGAUCUCAUAAGUCUACUUUUAAUUUUUCAGAAUAGGAAAGUAUGCUAAAAUGUGAAGGUAAAAGCAAAGUUGCCCCUUUGCUUAAUUAAUUAAGCACCAUGCCAUGAAGACAUAUGAAGUAGAGGUACAGCUCCAUCAUUCUUGACCUCAGCACUAGAUGGAGGUGAGUGGUUAGCUUAAUGUCCAGGCUGCUUUACCCCUGAGAAAGAAGCUUCAGUACCCACUGCACAGGAGACUGGUUUAUACAGUAUACAAGCCAAAAAUAAAUGAACAUAAAAACAUUUCUUUCAUGACAACAGGAUUCUUCAAACAUCUUGUACUUCGCCUAGUCACAAUCACAACAUAAUUUGUAAUAGCACGUAUAAUAACAACACUGCUUUCCCAACCGGUGUAAACCUCGUGUGUAUGCUGAAUAGCACAAUAACACAACAGAUUACUGGGCACUUCAUCACAUAAAAUGGAAAGGAAAAUACUUUCUUAACAUGUAUCACAAAAUGUUUCACAAGCGAGCGAAUAGUAAUCUCUCUCUCUCUCUCUCUCUCUAUAUAUAUAUAUAUAUAUCACUAAAGCCCUUUGAACCGUGGCCGCAUUUUCAGUCUCUUAAUCCUAUACACAGAUGGCAGGACUCCUUGGACAGGGCAUCAGCCCAUCACAAGGCCACUUCCUACACACAGAACACCACAAACGCAUAAUAAACACACAUAGACACCCAUUCCUCGAGUGGAAUUCAAAUCCACAAUCCCAGGGUUCAACCAGGCAAAGACAGUUAGUGCUUUAGACUGCACAGCCACUGUGAUCAGCUUAAUAAUGUGCCUGCGGAGUUAAAAUAAAAGAACAUGGGAAUAUAAACAGGCACAUGGCUCAUAUUGUUAGCUGUUGGGUUAUGUUAGCACAUAAGCUAGUAGGUGGGUAUCAAUAUAUCAGAAGAGCAUACUGUUUCCAUCUUCAGGGUAGACUACACCAUGCCAUAAUCCAGAAGACCAUAAUAUAAAUCUGAAACUCUGUGGAAAUUAAAAUCUUAAGACAGAUAUAUAACUCUCAAGAAAUAAUAGUUAAGAAAAUUACUGUCUUUAAGAAUACAAUGCCAUAUAGUUCAGCAGUUAGAUGUCAAUGUUUUGGGAGAACCUGCUGCCUCCAUCUUCAGGAAAGAAAAUAAUUACUCCAUAUGGCACCAUCUUCACAGUCACCACCAUGACAACCUCAAAUCUCACAAGCUCUAAAAAACAUUGGUAUGAGCUUCCAGUAUCUCCUCCAUGUUUCAUUCAUGUUCCAUAAUGACUACAACUAUCUUAAACUUCUAAUUAAGAUAAAAUAUCAAAUAAGAUAAACAAAAUAUAAAUGCCUAGUGACAAGAGAGACCCAGUUAUGAACUGUAACAGAUCUGUGAAAUUUUUAAACUGGCCUGUCGCGCUUCCUGAGUUAAGGUAAUUGUUUUAAUGCACUGGUGAACAUACAUACUUCCUUCCUAAUGAAACUAAACAUUCCACUAUGUUUUCACAUUCUGGGAAAGAAAAACUGAAUACCUGAUCCUUUGCUGUAUAUUUUAAAAGGACCAGUUUCAUUACAUCAAGAGCGGAAAGGAGCUCCCCACAAAUAAACAUCCCAAAACUGUUCCUUUGCUACCUUACAUAUCUGUCUUGUCCUGAUCUUCAUUCAAAAUAUAUAAAACUCAGCAUCUGCAAUGUUAAUCACAUAAUGCAGUAACACUAUAUUUCCUUGCAUUUCUGACAAGUAGUCACC